GUGUGGUUGUUGCUGAAGAUGGCGGCGUCUGCGCUCACGGCCGCCGUGGUGUUUCUGUUAUUUUACGGCGGGGUCCUAGGCUUCCCCGCUGGCCAGUUUACCCGCGAUGAACCGGCCUGUGGGUACAAGUCAUGUCCAGCAACAAAGCCCUCCAUGCUGAAUGUCCACCUGGUCCCCCACACACACGAUGAUGUUGGCUGGCUCAAGACUGUGGACCAGUAUUACUAUGGAGACCGCAAUGACAUCCAGCAUGCGGGCGUCCAGUACAUCCUGGACUCGGUGGUGCAGCAGCUUCAGGAGGACCCAGCUCGUCGUUUCAUCUAUGUCGAGACCGCCUUCUUCUACCGCUGGUGGAAGCAGCAGAGCGCCAAGACCCGGCAGGUCGUCACCAAUCUCGUCAACGAGGGGCGUCUGGAGUUUAUCAAUGGAGGCUGGUGCAUGAGCGAUGAGGCCACCACACACUACAGUGCAGUGAUCGACCAGAUGACACUGGGGCUGCGUUUCCUCAACGACACUUUCGGGGCGUGCGGACGCCCGCGCGUUGCCUGGCACAUUGACCCGUUUGGGCACGCCCGGGAGCACGCCUCCAUUUUUGCUCAGAUGGGGUAUGAUGGCUUCUUCUUUGGCCGCCUGGAUUACCAGGACAAGAUGAGGAGGAUGAAGGAGAAGGACAUGGAGAUGCUGUGGAGGGCCAGCGAAAGCCUGAAGCCCCCUGCUGCUGACCUCUUCACAGGUGUCCUGCCCAACGGCUACAACCCCCCCGAAGGCUUCUGCUGGGACCAGCUCUGUUCAGACGCGCCUAUCCGUGACGACCCUGACCUCGAGGACUACAACGUUGACGAGAUAGUCAAGAAGUUCCUGAACGCGGCGAACGAGCAGGCGACUCUGUACAGGACCAACCACAUCAUCAUGACCAUGGGGUCAGACUUCCAGUAUGAGAAUGCCAACCUGUGGUAUAAGAACAUGGAUAAGCUAAUCCGCUACGUUAACGCCCGGCAAUCCAAGGGCAGCAAAGUCAAUGUGCUGUACUCCACUCCAUCCUGCUACCUCCAAGAGCUGCACAGAGCCAACCUCACGUGGUCUGUGAAGACAGAUGACUUCUUCCCCUAUGCUGAUGAUGCACACGACUUCUGGACUGGCUACUUCACCAGCCGGCCCGCUCUGAAACGCUACGAGAGGCUUAGCAACAGCCUGCUGCAGGUCUGCAAUCAGUUAGAAGUCCUUGGAGGUUCAGAAUCCAGGAGAGGUCCCCAUGGUGAAGGAGACAGUGACACGCUCAAGAGGGCUAUGGCCGUGGCUCAGCACCAUGAUGCCGUAUCGGGGACGGAGAAGCAGCAUGUUGCCAACGACUACGCCAAGAGACUGUCCAUCGGUUCGGCACACUGCCAGGUGCUGGUCAGUAACGCUCUCUCGAAGCUCAGCGGCUCAGACGCCCCGCGGGUUUACUGUGAGAAUCUCAACAUCAGCGUGUGUCCCCUGACGGAGAGCAACAGCGAGUUCUCGGUGACCGUGUAUAACCCCCUGUCUCGCUCCGUCAGCUGGUCAGUGCGGCUUCCACUCAACGGCACACGCUACAGCGUUACUGACCCCAGCGGGCGGGAAGUUGACAGUCAGGUUGUACCCGUGUCCCAAGCUACGCGGGAUAUCCGGAAGGACAGGGGGUAUGCGGUGAAUGAGCUGGUUUUCCAGGCGCAGGCUCCCCCUCUGGGCUUCAGCACAUACUCUGUCUCUCAGCUGAAACACCAGCCUCCACCUGCCUCUCCCAAACCUGGAGUUCCACUCUACUUGCAGAAUAAGUUCCUCAAGGUGACCUUUGACCCUGACACGGGCCUGCUGAGCAGCCUCAGUAACCUGGAGACGAAGCAGACGGUGCAGCUCAAGCAAAGCUUUUUCUGGUACAAUGCCAGUGUGGGGAAUUUAGAGAGCAGCCAGGCCUCAGGAGCCUAUAUCUUCAGACCCAACUCAUCCACACCAGUACCUGUCAGUCUGAAAGCCAAGACCCAGACAGUGCAGAAUUCAGUGGUGCAGGAGGUGUGGCAGCAGUUCGGGCCCUGGGUGUCCCAGGUGGUGCGCCUCUACCAGGACAGCAGGAAUCUGGAGCUGGAGUGGACCGUGGGUCCCAUCCCUGUUGGGGAUUAUGUUGGGAAAGAAGUCAUCACUCGUCUGGACACCAAUAUCGACUCCUCUGGUUUCUUCUACACCGACUCCAAUGGCAGGGAGGUCCUGGAGAGACGGAGAGAUUUCCGCCCCACCUGGGUCCUCAAACAGACAGAGCCCAUCGCUGGCAACUACUACCCAUUCAACUCCCGCAUCUACAUCAAGGACAAGGAGCAGCAGCUGACCGUGGUGACCGACCGCUCUCAGGGCGGGAGCAGUAUCCAGGACGGCUCUCUGGAGAUCAUGCUGCACAGGAGACUGCUGAUGGAUGAUUUUCGGGGUGUGGGGGAGCCCCUGUCUGAGCCAGGAGAGUACGCAAAGGGGCUGGUGGUGCGGGGACGUCUGCUGCUGGCCCUCACGCCCCCUGCUGCCGCCGCCGACACACACCGCCCCCUAGCGGAGGAACUGGUACUGCAGCCACUGCUCUCCCUGCAGGCCAAAGAUAUGCGCCCCAACGCUAUACUGGAGUUCUCGGGGCUGCAGGCCGCACUGCCCCCUGCUGUUCACCUGCUGACAGUGUCUCAGUGGGACAGGGACUCUGUGCUGCUGAGGCUGGAGCACCAGUUCGAGGCAAAGGAGAGCCACACACAUUCACAGCCUGUCACUGUCAACCUGCAGAAGCUGUUCUCAACUCUGGAGGUUGUGGGUAUGUCAGAAAUGAGUUUGGCAGCCAAUCAGUGGAAAGAUGAGAUGACCCGCAUGGACUGGAAAGGCAACACAGGCGAGAAGCCCCUGAAGCGUGGGACGGGAGACCCCUCUGUGUGGGAGGUGACGCUGAACCCAAUGGAGAUCCGCACCUUCCUCCUCCGAAUGCACCGCAGAUAGCCAAUCUCAGAGCAGCCAAUCACGGAUCAGUAGUUCAAAUCACCCAAUCUCUGCGAGCCACCCGUGUCCUUACUUCAACCCUCGUUCUGGCACGGAUCCAGCGAGCAGCAUUUACACACUCUCUGCCCGAGUAUUAUCACGAAGUGCCACGUUUCUGUCCAUUGUUGCGUUCUGAAGAUAAUCUUGUGCCUUUUGAAGAUGUCUACUCAGACAGGUCUGUCUGACCCAACACAGCACUGCAUAUCCUCAAAAAAAACGCCUCAACCUCCUGCCACAGAGAACAGCGAGGUGCUAAUGAUUUUAGAACAAAAACAAGGUGUUCUCUCCACAUUCUUGGAUUCAUACAUACAUUUUAUUGUCUAAAACACAUCACUCAGUUUCACAGUGCCAUUGUUUAGCCAUAAAAAAAUACUCAUCACCUCACCCUGUAGUCCUCAUAGAGUCAGAGGCAUUGGUCCCUGGACUGCCACUGGCUGAGGGGAACAUCACUUCCAUCGGUGUCAGUGUUGCAAUCAAAGUGUUCAAAGAGUGUUGCUCACUGGAGACGUGGUUGGUUCUUACUGCACUGUUGCCUAUAUGUGUGUCUCUGCUUCUCUGGGCGAAGGUGGCUGUGUGUGCUGUUUCGGAGGGGUUUCAAAAGAUCCAGCCUCGAGAUAUAGGACAGAGGCUUGCCUGACACCAUCAUACACCUCCCUACAUCAUUUUCUUUCAGGUGUUACGUGUACUGUUCAGCCAACCAAUCAGCGAACACAGACGAGCUGGAUUACUCUCUCACCUCUACCUAUGGCCACCUUUCAGCAAACUGUGCAAUAAGUAUGAUUUUUUUGGAAAAUGCUUUUCUAAUUUUUUUAUUUCUUUUUUUAAACUGUGUGUUGAUGAAUUUGUGUUGAUCACAAGCAGCUAAAAUAAAUCUCAGUGAUUGCUAUGCCUACAGUACCUGCUCAUUAGCUAGAACUGUAUUUGUGCUGCAGAUCCUGUGUAGGAUGUACUUUGUCUUCUAACAGAUGUAUGUCUUAACCUGUGUGCACUGUGACACAACGUACUGCCGUGUCCCUCCCAUGAUGAGUUUCCCCUCAUCGCUACUGUUUUAGCCAGUGUCAGCAUUCCACUUGCUUCUCGAGUUUUA